CUGCUAGUAAACUGCAGUCACCGGCUUGGCUCCUGUUUUCAGCGGGGGAGGGUUUAGCUAGACAGCUGUAGUAGGGGCGAUUAUUCCCUUGAUUAAAAGUAGCCAGCAGGAACCUGCGGGUUAGAAAGCAAGAGUUUUGGCGCAACUUUAUUUUGAAGGGUUUUGACAAGAGAGAUUAUCAUAUAAUGGAAUACAAAAACCGAAACAAGGUGUCAGGCCUGUGGCCAACGUUGCUUCCUUCAGCUUGCUAACUAUUAGCUAGUUGUUCCCAUUGAUGUGUGUAGCUAGAUUCGUUAGCUUAGCCAGCUAGCUUGUGUUGUUGUUGUGGGUCCAUAAUACACGGGACCUGGUUGGUUCUACCGCACAUUGUUGUAUUUUUCAAAAACUUUUUUGAAAGUUAUUGCUUGUUAAGGUAUCUACCCCGAGAGAAACAUUCUCUGUUAUCUUUCUCUGAAAUCAAAAGUCGAGCAGUGUGUGUAUUUUAAGACCAAAGUGAUUUGCGUUUGCCAAGUUAAUUUGACAGGCGUUUUGUUUUUGUUGGUAACUGUCCUCGGCUCAGAAUUAAAGACCGGACCGGACCUUUUUUAUUUUCUUCUCCAUCCAACCCUGUUACCAACCGGACAGUACUAGUCUGUCUGACCCCGGAGCUGACCACACAUCACUGCCUGCUCAAUGGAGGAACAUGACAACAUGGACUAUUUAUAUCAGCAGGUCCUGCAGAAAGACGUUACCCGCAGGUUGCAGGUCGGGCAGGAUUUAAUAGACUACCUGAACGACCCGCAGAGGUCCUCCGAUGUGGAACAAGACAAACCCCGGCUGGAUAAAACCAUAGAUGAGCUGACGGGAUGGGUCAACGCCAGCAACUACAAGGUGGCGUUGUUGGGGAUAGACAUUGCCGGGGCGUUUGUCGAUCGCCUGGGGGAACACUUUAGAGGAUACCUGGGAACAGUGGUCCCAGCCCUCGUGGACAGGUUGGGGGACAGUAAGGACCAGGUCAGAGAACAGAGUCAGAAUCUUAUCCUCCGCUGUAUGGAAGUGACCGCAUCGCCUAUGUAUGUGUGGGAGAGGUUGCUUCCUGGUUUUAAACAUAAGAACUUCCGCAGCAGAGAGGGGGUGUGUCUGGUUCUCUGCGCCACGCUCAACACGUAUGGUGCUCAGCCAUUGCGUCUCAGUAAGAUCGUUCCCCACCUCUGCACCCUGACUGGAGACCAGAACCCACAGGUCCGUGAGGCUGCCACAACAUCUCUGGUGGAUGUGUAUCGCCACAUAGGAGAGAGAGUCAGAGCCGACCUGGGAAAGAGUGGCCUGCCUGCCGCACGGUUACAGACAAUAUAUGGGCGUUUUGACGAAGCUUUGAAUUCUGGGAACAUGGCGCUCAGCCCCAGUCACGACCGUAGUUUUGAGGAUGAUGCAGACAGUGCAGAUGGGAACCGUGCUCAGGCUGCCUUCAAGGUCCCCAAGGUCCCCAAGAAGUCGGCAGAGUCCUCGGCUGCACGAAGACCCAACACUACGGGUUCCAAGAUCGGAGGUGCGUCUAAGGAUGGAACCGGGGGCAUCGAUGAAGAAGACUUCAUCAAAUCUUUCACUGAUGUCCCACAACUGCAAAUCUACUCGUCUCGUGACCUGGAGGAUAACCUGAAUAAGAUCAGAGAGAUCUGUUCUGAUGACAAACAUGACUGGGACCAGAGAGCCGCUGCAAUGAAGAAGAUCCGCUCUCUGAUUGUUGCCGGGGCAACGGAGUACGAGUGUUUCUACCAACACCUGAGGCUGUUGGACGGAGCGUUCAAACUGUCAGCUAAAGACCUCCGAUCACAGGUGGUACGAGAGGCCUGCAUCACUGUGGCCCACCUGUCGACAGUGUUGGGUAAUAAGUUUGACCAUGGUGCUGAGGGCAUUCUUCCUGUCCUGUUCAACCUGAUCCCUAACUGUGCCAAGGUUAUGGCCACUUCAGGGGCGUCUGCUAUACGCUUUAUCAUACGGCACACACACGUUCCCAGACUCAUCCCCCUGAUCACCAGUAACUGCACCUGCAAGUCUGUGGCCGUCAGACGGAAAUGUUUUGACUUCUUGGACCUGCUGCUACAGGAGUGGCAGACCCAGACUCUGGAGAGACAUACAGCGGUGAUGGUCGCCAGCAUUAAGAAGGGAAUCGCAGAUGCCGACGCAGAGGCCAGGGUAGAGGCCCGCAAGGCAUACUGGGGUCUUAGGAACCAUUUCCCGGGGGAGGCAGACUCUCUGUUCAACUCGUUAGAGCCGUCCUAUCAGAAGAGCCUCCAAUCGUCUCUCAAGAGUUCUGGGAGCGUGACGUCUCUUCCUCAGAGCGACCGCUCCUCUUCCUCAUCACAGGAAAGCCUUAAUCGUCCUCUGUCAUCUAAAUGGUCAGCUGCUCCUGGAAGAGUCCCGUCGGGUCAUAAGGGCGGGGCGUCGCCGGGCUCCCUACAGCGUUCCCGUAGCGAUGUAGAUGUUAAUGCGGCAACGGUUGCUAAGCAGCGGCACAUCGGGCAGGUGGGGCCAGUGAGACUGACCCCCGGCUCCUACUCCUCAUUGGAUGAUGCCUCAGAUAAAACAGAUGGUCGUCUGAGGACCAAGCAGCCUCUCACCACGGCAACCAGUGUCAGCCACGUGGACUCCCGGGGACGCAGCCGCACCAAGAUGGUGUCCCAGUCACAACCCGGCAGUCGGAGUGGUUCCCCGGGUCGCGUCCUGACCAGCACCGCUCUGAGUACGCUGGGUUCUGGAGCCCAGAGGGUCCUAGCUGGGGCCGGAGGGAGACGUAGCCGCAUCCCCCGCAGCCAGGGCUGCUCACGAGACUCCUCCCCUACACGCCUGUCUGUCGCUCCCUCCAGUGUUAGUUCCAUCUACAAAGCAACGAGCAGAGGAGCUCGGGGCAGUCGUAUUCCUCGGCCCAGUAUGAGUCAGGGCUGCAGUAGGGAGGCCAGCAGAGAGAGCAGCAGAGACACCAGCCCUGUGCGUUCCUUUACACCUCUGGCAUCGCGCCACUACUCUCGCUCCACCGGAGCUCUCCACACCGCCGACGCUUUAGGGGCCGCAGGGGCAGGGUACAGUAUCAGUCAAUCCAGUCAUCUGUCGUCGUCAGUCAGCACCAUGAGAGUCCUCACUGGGUCUGAUAUAGAGGAGGCCCUCGCUGACGCCCUGCUGUUGGGAGACAUAACAUCCAAGAAGAAGCCAGCGCGGCGUCGCUAUGAGAAUUAUGGGAUGUAUUCGGAUGAUGAUGCUAACAGUGACGCGUCCAGCGCCUGCUCAGACCGCUCCUACAGCUCCAGGAACGGAGGAGUCAUCCCUACGUACAUGAGACAGACUGAAGACGUGGCCGAGGUGUUGAACCGCUGUGCCAGUGCCAACUGGUCGGAGAGGAAGGAGGGGCUUCUGGGUCUACAGGCUCUACUGAAGAAUCAACGCACCCUCAGUCGUGUGGAGCUGAAGAGGUUGUGUGAGAUCUUCACCAGGAUGUUUGCAGACCCCCACAGUAAGGUGUUCAGUAUGUUCUUGGAGACCCUAGUGGACUUUGUCCUGGUGCACAGAGAAGACCUGCAGGACUGGCUGUUCGUCCUGCUCACCCAGCUGCUGAAGAAGAUGGGAGCUGACCUGCUGGGGUCUGUCCAGGCCAAGGUCCAGAGAGCACUGGACAUCACACGAGAGUCUUUUCCCAACGACCUCCAGUUCACUAUCCUCAUGAGGUUCACUGUGGACCAGACUCAGACACCAAACCUCAAGGUGAAGGUGGCUGUUCUGAAGUACAUUGAGUCCUUGACCCUGCAGAUGGAUCCUCAGGACUUUGUGAACUCCAGUGAGACGCGCCUGGCUGUGUCUCGCAUCAUCACCUGGACCACAGAGCCCAAGAGCUCCGACGUCAGGAAGGCGGCCCAGUCGGUACUCAUCUCCUUGUUCCAGUUGAACACUCCAGAGUUCACCAUGCUGCUGGCAGCCCUGCCCAAGACCUUCCAGGACGGAGCCACCAAACUGCUACAGAACCACCUGAGGAACACCGGUAACACUGCACAGGCCCCAAUGGGAAGCCCUAUGACACGCCACACCCCCCGCUCUCCUGCCAGCUGGUCCAGCCCCCUCACCUCUCCUACCAACACAUCACAGAACACAUCCACACUCGGUGCGUUUGACUACGACACAGAGAACAUGAACUCGGACGACAUCUAUAGUAGUCUGAGAGGAGUUACAGAGGCCAUCCAGAACUUCUCCGUCCGCAGUCAGGAAGACAUGAACGAAACGGGUGGUGGUGCUGACCAGGUGGAUGGAGUCCGCACUGCUCUGGACAACAAGACUUCUCUUCUGAACACCCCUCUGCUCUCCUCUUCUCCCCGGGGGUCCCGAGACCCCUUUACAGACUCCCCCUUUAAACACAACGUCAAAGAUACUUCAUUGGACGAAUCAGACCAGCAAACUGAUGACAGCAGCAUUGACCAAUCAGAGCUGGUGACUGAGCUGCUGAAGGAGCUGUCCAAUCACAAUGAGCGUGUGGAAGAGAGAAAGGUGGCGCUUUGUGAUCUCUUGAAGCUGAUUCGAGAAAACACUCUGCAGGUCUGCUGGGACGAACACUUCAAAACCAUCCUCCUGUUACUACUGGAGACGCUGGGGGACAGAGAGCAUGUGAUCAGGGCGUUAGCUCUGCGUGUUCUGAGGGAGAUUCUGAGCCGUCAGCCGUGGAGGUUCAAGAACUACGCUGAACUCACCAUCAUGAAGGCCCUGGAGGCACACAGGGACCCACACAAAGAGGUGGCGCGAGCGGCAGAGGAGACUGCAGCAAUGCUGGCGUCGUCCAUCAGUCCAGACCAGUGUGUCAAGGUGUUGUCUCCCAUCAUCCAGUCGGCUGACUACCCCAUCAACCUGGCUGCCAUCAAGAUGCAGACCAGAGUAAUAGAGAGGGUCCCCCACCACGGACUAGUCACAAUGCUGCCGGAGAUAGUCCCCGGACUCAUACAGGGUUAUGACAACGCGGAGAGCAGUGUGAGGAAGGCCUGUGUAUUCUGUCUGGUGGCCCUCUAUGCAGUCAUAGGGGAGGAGCUAAAACCUCACCUCAACCAACUGUCUGGCAGCAAGUUGAAGUUGUUGAAUCUGUACAUCAAGCGUGCCCAGUCUGGCUCCAGUGGUGGUGAGCCCCCACCAGACAGCCUAUAGAACAGACAGAUGGACAGCGCCCCACACAGGACAACCAUGGAACUGCACUCUCCCUCCGGAGACUUAACACACAUGGACACACUCUUACAUGGAUGGAUAAACACACACUCACACGCUUACUGACAUGCUUACAUGAACAUGCUAAUAUGAAGGCACAGACUGACACACACACACACACACACACACACACACACUGUCCUGGACACAAACUCCCAUUGCCUCUUUGUUGCCUACUACAAUGCACUCUGGGAUACGGUGCAGAAGAGAGGAUUGUUGUAGUUCCCUUCACAAACAUGGAAGAUCCACCCCUGAUCUCCUCACACCUAACCACACCCUCUGAUGAUGCACUAGCCACACACCCCCAGCCAGGAUGGAUGGCUAGAGAGGAAGGGAAGAGGCUAGGUAUCUGCAUUCUGCAGACUGGUGUGUUUAUGUCUAUGACAGAGAGUGGAGGGGGUUUAUAUUUCUGAGGUCAGUCCAUCUGUCAUGGUGGUCGAGUGUGUUUAUGUCUGUGACAGAGAGUGGAGGGGGUGUAUAUUUCUGAGGUCAGUCCAUCUGUCAUGGUGGUCGAGUGUGUUUUAACCCCUGAAACUCUGAAGGCACACUAACCCCUAUGUAGUGCACUACUUUUGGCCACUACAUACGCCUCUGGUCAAUCUAUAUAGGGAAGUAGGGUCCUCCUCUGUGAGCAGUUAGGUCAUAACUGUUCAUAACAACUACAUAGGUAAUGAGUGUAAGGUAUGGGAGGCGGAAUGUGCUUAGCUAUACAUGACAGUGAUUUUAACUCUUUAUCCAGAGCCUAUUUACUGUAACAGUGGAAGGGAGAGGAUGAAAUUAGUUAACCAUGUCCGCCCCUUUCAGAGAAGUCCAUGGUACCUUCCACUGCUUUCCUGCCAUGUCUUGGAUGAGCACAUUUCAGACAAAGAGGGGGGGGGGGGAGACAUGGCUUAUUAUUAUCACCUAAUGGAUAUGCCUCUACACAUGAUAACAUGGAAUAAUAUCCAAUAACGACGUCCUUGAAGGAGGUGCUCUGCGUCCUGAUCAGUGUUGUUUUCUGUUGCCAUAGUCUCUCUACUUUGGUUUCUCUCCUGGGAGACGUUUUGGACAACUGUAUUAUUUAGUGAUCUGAGAAACUGUCCUCUCUUCUUCCUCUUCUUGUAACAGUCUGGCUGUUACCGAGUUGUUUUCCUCUGUGCAUUUACAAAGCUGUGCUUACAAUAAAAUGAAGAAAAAAGAAAAA